AAAGGCGGAACUGGCGGCUCUGGAGGCAAAGCUAGGUGAAGCAGGGGAGAAGGCGCGAGGUGAAGCAGGGGAGGGGAGGGGCGCGGGGACCAAUGUGAGCGAUGUGAGUUCUGGAAAGGAAUGGGUGGAGAGUGCAAAGGUGGAGCAGGGAAGCAAGGGAGUGACUGGAAAGGGAGGUAUUGUGGUUGCGCAGUGGAAAGGUGUGAAGCUUGCAGCUGCUGUGGCAGUGGAGAAAAAGAAUAAGAAGAAAAGGAAGAAUAGGAAAAGGAAAAAGAACAAGGAGGGGGAGGAGGAGGUGGAGGAGGAGGUGGAGGAGGAAGAGGUGGAGGAGGAGAAAGAGGAGGAGGAGGAGGAGGAGGAGGAGGAGGAGGAGGAGGAGGAGGAGGAGGAGGAGGAGGAGGAGGAGGAGGAGGAGGAGGAGGAGGAGGAGGAGGAGGAGGAGGAGGAGGAGGAGGAGGAGGAGAAGGAGGAGGAGAAGGAGGAGGAGAAGGAGAAGAAGGAGGAAGAGAGAAAAGGAAAGAAAAAGGAGGAGGAUAAAGAGAAGGAGAAGGAGGAGAAGAAUGGCAGGCAGGUGGGAGCGAGUGAUGAUGGGCAUACCAGUGUGGGGAGGACAGGGGUACUGGAGUGGUGGUGGGACGUACGGGGGAAUGAGGGUGUGGGCCGAAGGAGGGGAGGUGAGCGCGAGGGAGUCAAGGAGGCUGAGGGAAGGGGUGGGGCUGCUGUUGCUGUGGGGGCUGCUGUGGCGACUGGUGCGACUGCUGGGGGGAAUGAUGUGGGUACUGGAACGGAGGUGACUUCUGAGACGUCUCAAAAGUCGUCUGCUGCGGGGACUGGUGCAGGGAAUGGUGUGGGUACUGGAACGGAGAUGGUGGCUGUGAUGGUGUGGAAUGAAGAGGAGAUUGAACUAGAUGAGGAGCAAGAGGAGGAGGAAGAGAAGGAGGAGGAGGGAGGGGAGAAGGGAGGGGAGAAGGGAGGAAAGAUGGAGGGAAGGGGGAGAAGGGGGAUUGGUGUGGGUAUUGGAACGGACGUGGUGGCUGUGACGAUGCGGAAUGAAGAGGAGAUAGAACUAGAUAAGGAGGAGGAAGAGGAGGAAGAGGAAGAAGAAGAGAAGGGGGUGGAGGGAGGGGAGAAGGGAGGAAAGGUGGAGCGGGGAGAGAAGGGGUCUUGCGAGCCCAUGCAUCUGAGAUUUGAGUCUACUCAAAGGCCAGGACUCACUGCACUGGGCCAGUAUCCUCCCUUGAGUGCGCCCAUGCAGCCGUGUUUUGAGUCUAUGCAAAGACCGAUAUCGGCAGCGUAUUCGGCGGUGGCGCUGCCCUUCCCUCCGUACCACUUUGUGCACUGCAGCAACUUCAGUGUGUUCUCUCGCUCCGUGCCGCCGCACAGCAGAGGUGCGAGGGACCGGCAGCACCAGCAUCAGCACCACCAUCAUCACCAUCAGCAUCGUCAUCAGCAUCAUCAGCAGUUUGGUGUUUCUGUGGACUAUUUGAAGCAGCGAAUGCUAAAGCAGCUGGGCUUGAGCAGUAUCAAGGCUGUUCCGGCCAUUCACUGUGCCGACUCUUGGUCUCUGAUUCUAUGGGGCCCGGUUCCCCCCACUGCCACACACACAGCAUCCGCCCCCCCUCCUCUCACUGCUGCUCCGGCUGCUCCUCACCAGGAUGCUGAGAAGCAAGGACGAGAAAGGGAAGAGGUUGCAGUGGGAAGGAGGGAGGAGAAAGGUUCAGGACGGGGCAUGCCGCAUGAGGUGCAGCAGGCGCGUGUGCAGGGAGGAAACGAGCAGAUGCAGACCGGCUCUCUGUCAGGUGUGCAAGGUCUCACCUUGCACGGUCAAGCAGCAGUGCACGUUCAGACACAUGGUCUCAUGCAGCCGCCGCCCAGUCACAUGCCGCCGCCGCCCGGUCACAUGCUGCCGCCGCCCGGUCACAUGCCGCCGCCGCCCGGUCACAUGCCGCCGCCGCCUGGUCACGUGCCGCCGCCCAGUCACAUGCCGCCGCGACCCGGUCCCAUGCCGCUGCCGCCCGGUCACAUGCCACCGCCGCCCGUGGGGUGCACGCUGCUGGUGCACGAGGGGACGUUUGCAUGCGAGAACGUGGAGGACGCGCGGGGCAAGCUGCAUUCGACGGUGGAGGAGGCAGUGGGUGUGGCGAGGAAGAUGCUUGCAGAGCAGAUCAUUCUCACGCACUUCAGCAAGAAGCACCGCCAGGUUUCCAUGCUUGAUCCGCGCAGGACAGCAGCACUAGGGCUACGGGCAAGUCGGCAGCAGCAGCGACAGAAAGAGCAACAGGAGCAAGGAAAGCGUUGGGAGACUCAGGAGGAAAUGGGGAGGGAGGAGGAAGAACCAGAUAUGGAGCAGCAGCAGCAGCAGUUGGAGAAGUCAGAGUUGCCAGCAGUGCCUGCAGCGCUGGCCUUUGAUGGCAUGGUGGUCUUGCCUGCUGCUGCUGCCCGCCUCUCUGCUCUCCAGCCUAGGAUCUUCGAGAUUCUGGAUGGAUAG